AUGCUUAUGUGUGCUGAGCGGAUGAAUACUUGCAGGGGCACAGUCUAUGCAUUAACACUAUGCAUAUCGAAUGUGAUAAUAAUAGAAAUCAUGGAUGUUGCCAAUGGUUUGGUAACCAUACCAUCGCCAUGGGAUCGCAUAAAUAUAUUUUCAAAACUUACAUUCAGUUGGGUGUGGAGUCUCUUCAUUCGGGCGCACAAAAAAAACCUCGAGUUCAGUGAUCUCUACCGCUGCCCAAAAUCAGAUGAGACACAUCUCGUCCGACACAAGUUGCAAAUUGAAUGGGAUAAUCAAUUAAAAAGUAAAGGCAAACCAUCGCUUUAUAAGGCUUUGAUCGCGUCGUUCGGACCCGAACUUAUUAUUUUAUAUAUGCCCGAUGCUAUCAAGGAAUUGGGACUACAGUGUCUUCAGGCUUACUGUAUUGUAUAUUUGGUGAGAUAUUUCAACAAAGACCCCAACACUAGCCAGUGGCGGGCCAUAUGGGCAGCCGUGGGUAUUAUGUUGGCCGCUUUAAUUAACAUGUUUAUUACUAAUGUAAAUGGUACUCUUAACUGUAAAGUGGGGGUUAGGAUACGCGCCGCCUGUUGUGCCCUAAUUUACCGCAAGUCAAUGCGUUUAAGUCAUUCCUCACUCGGAAAGACAACUGUUGGCCAGAUCUUGAACAUAAUGUCCAACGAUGUCAACAGAUUUGAUGAGGGAUUAUUCUUAUACGGGAAUCCCGCCUGGCCAUUAUCUUAA